UUCUUGGCAUUUUUUUGAUGCCUUGCCGCUUCAAUAUUUAAGAUGAUGGAUGUAGCCGCCCUCUCCAAGUAAAGGGGCCUAGACAAUUAAAAUUUUUUACUAUCAUCCUCAGCUUGCUUACUUUAUUAUUCUCUUUCUUCCAACUUUUACUGCUAUAAUGCAUGCUUAACAGUGUUAUAUUCAUCCUGCUACUUCUUUUACAGCCACUCAGGCUACAAUACAAGACCACCGCCACCACUACUGCUUCCAUUAUCACCCGCGCCUACAACAAUAUCGUCAGUCCGGGAACAAUAACAACAACAAUAUCAACAACAACAAUAACAACAAUAAUAAUCAGCAGAAUGACCAGCGAAGCAGCAAACGCAGUGACACCAGUCCUCCAGAAACCCCCUCUCCUAUCCCGCUCUCCAUCCACCGCCGCACCAACAGUAAAGACGGAAACGAGCGACGAGCAGAAACCCGCAUGGAGUCCCUUGAAGCAGAGCAAAUCCUAUGCAUCAAUGCUCCGGUUCUGGGGCAAAACCAUCGAGAGCAAGCUUGAGCACGCAGCGGAAAUCAAACUCCUCUCGCAGGGCGGCAUUGAAAUAACCGGCGCAGACAGCGAGCCCCAAGAAAUAGCCUCGGGCAAGAUCCCGGGCCAGCUUCUAGACGUAGAAAUCGACUCCUCCGGCAACUACAUCCACACACUGGCGAUCAAGAAGAAGCAGCUGGGAAAUGUGGCGAACAAUAAUCUGGUGAUCACGCACGGGUACUUUACCGGACUGGGGUUCUUUUUCCGCAACUACGCGGAGCUCAGCAAGGUCGAUAACUGGGAUGUCUACUCGAUCGACUGGCUUGGGAUGGGCCGCAGCUCAAGGCCAGAGUAUCUCGGGGAGCGCUCAGGGUCGGAGGAUCAGCGGGUGGCUUGCGCCGAGCGGUUCUUUGUGAGUCGCUCGAGGAGUGGCGCAAGCGGAUGGGCUGGAGACCAUGACCCUGUGGGGCACAGUUUCGGCGGCUACAUGAGCGCCCUGUAUGCGAUGAAGUACCCGGAGCGCGUCGAGAAGCUCAUUCUGAUCUCGCCUAUUGGCGUUCCGGAGCCGCCAGCAGGCUACGAUGAGGUGGUUAGGAGGGGCGUGGGCCCCAACUACACGCCGCAGUGGGUGGUGCGCUUGGCUGGGCCCUUCGGCCAACGCAUCAUCAACUGGUACAUUGGGCGGUUCACCUGGCUCAACAACGAGCAGCGCGUGGACCUGGCGGCUUAUGCGCAUCAGAUUUCGGUGCUCCGCGGAAGCUCGGAGACUGCGCUCGGGGAUAUUUUGAAGCCUGGGGCGUUUGCUCGCAAGCCGCUGGUGCAGAGAUUUGCGGAUCAGAUCAAGGUGCCGACAGUAUUCAUGUAUGGCAUGAGGGAUUGGGUCGACUAUACGGGCGGCGAGGAUGUAUUGAAGCGCAUUGGCGGGCGCGUGGCCGGCAGUGUGCACCGCGUGGCCGAGGCUGGGCAUAAUCUGCAUAUGGAGAACCCGGCAGGCUUUAACAGUGAGAUGAAGAAGGGAGGGGGCCAGCUGAGACAAACCCUACCUCUAUACUGUAAUGCGGGGGAAGGAAUGGGCAGGUAGAACAAAGUACGCGUGGCUGGAGUAGUAGUAGAUAAAAAAAGUUUUGCGCCCCUUAUUUUGUAACAACAUCACCCUUUUAUUUGAUUUAUUUGAUUUUCCACACCCCGGUAUGCAAGUGAUUCAACGCAAGUACCCGUUUGUGGCAUGCGGACAUUUGAUGCAUAGAAUAAGGGUGAGAAACAAGGGCGGUGGAAAAAAAAACACCGCACUUGCCUGUAUUAGAAACAUCUCUGAAGAAGAAAAAAAACACGACACUACACUACACAACUUAACGCAAUGCAAACCCUGCGUAUAAUUUGUUUUUAUAAUUUAUUUUUUGGGUUGAUUGG